ACCCACUCCCUUUCUUAUUAUCAGUCUCACUUUGAAUUAAACAGGGAAGAAAGGUAGGUAAGUGCAUUCUUCCAAGACAUUCUUAGUGUGUUUACAAUGGAGGACACUGGAUCAACAGCAGAAGCAAAAACCACAGCAGAGGAUGGAAACCUGCAGAUGAGUGACAGGCUGCUGAAGUCCACUAAACCUCUGCAUCGGUUUGUCCGGAUGGAACCCAGAAGCCUUGGGAUUGUCAUUUUGUUGUUUGGAUGUGCAGAGAUCCUGAUGGGGUUUCAGCUUCACUUGGCCGGUGAAAAUAGAAGAACCUCACUUAAUAUAUAUUCUCCUUUCUGGCAGGGAGUUCUGUUUGUUGUCUGUGGAAACCUGUCUAUUUACACUGGACUACAUCCAUCCAAGAAGAUGAUGACAGUGUCUUUGUCCAUGUAUGUGGUUUCCCUCUUGGGAAUCAUAGUUUCUGGUGUCCACAGAAUAGUGUUGCUGAGUUUGUACCAGCGCAUAAGGCGCUGGAAUCGUUCAGAUUGGAUCACUGUGAGAAUGGAUUUGCUGUACGGUAUUGAAGGCAUGCUACUCACUUCAUCCCUGUGUGCAUUAGUGCUUCUCAUCUUCUUGAUUGUUGUUGCACGCAUGGCUCUGAAAUCUACAAAUGAAAAUGUACAGGUUAUUGUCCAGCAGAGCCUGCCACCAGGGACUCCCACAGCAGCAAACUAAGAUCACCUUUCACAGUCGUACAGUUUGAACUAACAGUGAUUUUUUCUUUCCCUGGCUAAAUUACACCUAUUAUGCAACCAUUUGAUGAACUACAGUUUAUCAUUACUGUGUGUAUCACUUUACCUACAAUAGUGUUACGCCACCUGGUGGCAGCCACACAU